UUCUAUAUUAAAGUGUGAUCUCGUACAAAUUUUGCAUUAUUAUAGAGUUUUAGAGUAUUAAAGCUAAUAUCUCCAAUUUAAAUUAUGCUGUCAAUCAAGCUAAAUAUUACAAUAAAAGGGUAACUGUUGAAGCAUUAUGAAGUAAAAAGAAAAAGGGUUAUUGAGAAGAAAGAAACAAAAAAAAUAAAUAAAUAAAUAAAAGAAAAGAAAAGAAAAGUGAAAGAUGGUCAUUAUAGGCAUAUAUAUAUAGAGAGAGAGAAUCACAAAAUCAAAAGCUUCAGCAAGCAAAGUGAGUGAGAAGACAGACUCAGACAGACAAAACAACAAUACAAAAAAUCCUUAACUGUGAAAGUGAGAAUCUAAUUACAGUUUGAAAUAGUAUGUUUAGUGACGUUUAAGGCAUUUGAUGAAAUAGAAUCUAAAGAAAAAUGAGAAAAAUGGUUUUGCUUGGCUGUUGCACUAUAUGAGAUGAAUCAGAUGCUUUCCGUAUUCCUCUUUCGCGUGUAUCUCAUGUUUUUGUUUCUUUUAAUUUAAUUCAGAAUACAUUAUAGUUGUAAAAACUAUAAAUAACAACACAAACCAACCAUUUUUCUACGUGCCGAUUUCUUUUGUUUUCCCAUUCUACUACUACUACUCUUUCCCAACACACCAAAACUUGUCAUCAUGGCAGCUCAACCACCAGCUCGUCCAUGGUUCCGUUUAGGUUCUAUAGUCCGCCCAAGCCCAAUGGCUGCCCCUGCCCCUGCACCAGCACCAGCACCAGCACCAGCACCUGCCCCUGCCCCUGCACCUGCACCUGCGCAGGCGGCACCUAUACGGGGACCUGCACCUGCUCAGCCACCAGCAACACAACCUAUACGGGGACCUGCACCUGCUCAGCCACCAGCAGCACAACCUAUACGGGCACCUGCACCCGCCCCGGCCCCCGCACCCACACCCGCGCCUGGACCUGCUCCAACACCAGCAGCAGCCCCUUCUCCAACUCCAGCACCAGCACCAGCACCUGCUCCAACUCCAGCCCCAGCCACCGUACGGGCACCAAUACCAGCUCCAGCUCCUGCAACUGUACGGGCAAUCGCACCAGCACCAGCUCCCGCUCCCGCUCCAGCCCCCGCAAUCGUAAGGGCACCAGUCCCAGCAAUGACACCAGCACCUGCCCCUGCCCCUGCUCCUGGACCUAUAACUAGGCCUACAAUGAUGAGGCCAUUAGGUCCAGUAGUAACCCCAGCCCCAGUUGCCACUCCAGCCCCAGCUCCAGCUCCAGCGCCUUUGCGUCCUACUUUCACUGUUGUUGCACCGCAGCCAGUGCCUGUUGCCGCAGCUUCGUCUGAUUCACUGUCAACACAAAAGUCAAGAUCACCUCCACCAGCUUCUUCCAACAACGCAAUUCCCAUCACCGCCAGUUCGUCCGUGCCUUCCUCUCCUAGGACCACUUCCAGAGGUUUGACAACACAACAGAGUAGCCCUCCUCCUCCUUCAAGAGCCACUAGUACUACCAUUGCUCCAUCUGCCCGUUUGACCAGUCCUGUUCAGUCUCCCAAAGCAGUAAAGCCAACGAGUCAAACUCAAAGCACCUUGGCACGUGAGCCUCCGCCUACUUUCACUCUGCCUCGUGCUAUGAGAACCACCAAUGCAGAGCCUGAAGCAGAGCAAAAAACCGUUCUUGUUCAAAAGACAGUUGAGAAGCCUAGGCAGUGGUUCAGCAGUGGCAACACCACUAGCCAAAGCGGUCACCUUGGCUCCUUGAAUAAACCAAAAGAAAAAAGCUCUGACAAACACUCUUCCGACUCUGAUGCUAUGGGAAUGAGGAUUAUAACCAUUGCAGGUGAAAACAAAGGGGCUUUCAUGGAACUCAUCAAGUCUCCCAGUAAACAUGAAUCAAGUGAAAAAUCCAGAUAUAUUUACAAGGGGACGGGGAAAUUCGCGAGAAAUGGCGGCGAGUCUGAGCGCAAAAGCAGCAGCAGCAGCAGCGGGAGCAGCAGCAGUAGUGGCGAGGAAGGGAAGUCGAAGAAGGACAAGAGUUUCAAAGCUAGCAAGGCCAAGAAUGGUUCACUGCCAAUGAGUGCUUUCAUGAACAGCAAUGUUCAAGGCAUUAACAAUUCCAUUAUGUUCAACAGUUCUUGCACUCACCAUGAUCCAGGGGUUCACCUUGCUCUUACAAGGAAGCCAAAUGGAGGUGGAUUUCAAGUGAAGGAACGUGUCUCUGGCCAUGAUCAUAACUAGACAUGACACAACUGAGAAAGUCACAACCCAAGCUUCUCUUUUCUUUUUCUUUUUUUUUUUAAUUUUAUUUAUUAAUUAUAUGUUUGAAAUUAGGAGAGAAAAAACAUAUAUGCUUGUGAUGGUGGAAUAAUAAAAAGCGUGAUGUUCUAUGGUGAGGUUGUGAAAGGAAAAAAAAGAGGGUAUGGUUUCCGAUUCUUUGCGGUCAGCUUCUCCUUUGGUGGAGUUUGACGUAAGGUUUUUAGUAUCUAUGGCCUAUUGUUAGAUAAUAUAAUAUAAUAACUCUGGUUCGUUGGCUUAGCAGAGAUCUUUUCCAGCAAGGUAACUAUUGAGUGUGUAUUGCCAACUGCCAUUGAUAAAUUAUAUGAUCCAUAUAUACUAUCAUAUUUCUUAUGAUGGUUUCUAUUUUUAGAUUCUAAAUAAAGAAAAUGUAUUGUCAUUUGUUCUUCC